AUGGCUCACAGAUUAUUAGUUAAUGUCAUCUUCACCGGUGCAUCUGUUUUCGGCCGUGCUUUCACCGAGGCAUACAAGCAAGCGGCCAAGGCCACCGCUUCUACACCUCAAGGUGGUGCAGCCAAAUCUACAUCCGUUGGUGGUAUUCCAACUGACGAAGCGCUCAAGAUCUUAGACUUGAAGAAAACCGACUUAUCGGUUGCUAAAAUUGACGAGAAAUAUGCGUACUUGUUCGAUGUGAAUUCGAAAGACAAGGGGAACUCAUUUUAUUUACAGUCUAAGGUGUACUAUGCGAUGGAUAGUCUUCGUAAGGAGUUGGACUACCUUGAUAAAUUGAAAAAGACGAAAGAUGGUAGUCAGGGCGAAGCCGGUCCUACGCUGACUUGA